UACGGCAUAUCCAGUGAAGACCAGAAAUAAUAAGUAAGUAAAUAAGUUUCGUAUAAGAGAAAAAAGCUUAUUUGUAAGACUGUUUGCUAGUUGUUAAUUAGUAAUAUUGUAUCACAUUUUCUAAUGUAUGAAAUAAGAGUUUUGCACGAAAAUGAAUGAAGUUCUAAAAAUAACUGCGCUGAAAACACACAUUUUUCUAUUUAACUGAUACUAUAAAUUGCCAACUUUGUAAAAAGGGUAUUAUCUCCCUUUUAUUAAAAUGUUAAGCCGAAAUGGCGAUUAACGUAAUAAAGGGACUGUCCAUAAUUGUUUAUGUGGAAAUUUGUGAGCUAGAAAAAUCUGUUUUACAUUUUCUUUUAAAUCCAAAUAAAAAAUAAACUAAAAAGCUCAAUUUAUACUGAUUAUCUCCCCUAAAACUGCUAUUUCCGUUAUUCACGCGCACUAAUUAUAACGACAGUCCAUAGAUGUAUGCUGAAAAUUGGGAUGAAACAUUUAUGUCAUGUCACAUUUUUUUUUUCAGCGAUGGCAGAUAAUUACAUAACUUCAUUUCUCUUUCCCAAUGAAGCAAUUCAAUACACGCCUACUGAAAACCAAGUUAGGACGGAAAUCGACAAAAUCGUGAACAAUAUAAACCCACUAAAAUGUGAUCACUGUGGAGUUAUCUUUUCUUGUAAAACUUCAUUGACGAGACACUCAAACAAUGGAAUUUGCAGAAAUGGAAAGAGGUCAACUGAUAAUAAUAACUGUAAUAAAUGUGGGACUACUUUUCACAGAACUUAUAAUUUAAAGAGACACGAAAAACUGUGUGGAGUGAACAAGGUGGUCGUAUGUAAUGAAUGUAAUAAAUCAUUUUCUAGUGAAAAAAUCCUCCAAAAACACGUUAUAAGUAAACACUCAUUCAAAUGUCCAUUGUGUGACAACACACACGAAAACAAGAGUGAUUUGAUAAAGCACGCACGGGAGCAUUUUAAAAAUGACUUCCUUACGCUGGCCCAAGUUAAAAAGCUUAGAAAUGUCACAGGAAAGUCAUUAAUAGUUCCUCAUCAGACCGCCUCACAGAAAACGCUGGAUUCGACGUCUGCUGCUACAAACGUGCCUGGAACUUCUUUUUCCAGUUCAGCUAGCUUCCGGCAAACAUCGCGACCAAUACAUGGCAACGCUGGAAUACAGAUCAACAUUGAACCAGAGGGCGCUGAAAAGCAUUCAAUGCUGGACUUGUUUAAAAAAAGGCGCCAACAGCUGCACAGAAACCUGGCCGAUCAGUUGGAAAGCUGGAACAAUAUACGAUGGUAUAUAUGUAUUAGAGCACAUAUGGUUCGUUUUGAUCCAGAAGGAAAUAUAAGGGAUGAGGAAAGGCCAGCAUUUCGAUCAACAUCCCAAAUUUUACUAGAGGCAGAGCAGAUAGACAGUCAGAUCGACCAGGCAUAUUUCAAGGUCAACUCCUCUCUAGAGACUUUCUGUUCAUCUGCCAGUGGCUGGAUGCUGGAUGAAAUCCUGCGCCUGGACCUGUACAUGCUCAAGUACAAUCCUUUAAGGGGAAACUGUGGAGACUUUAACCUGCCACCUGACCUGUCUGGGACUCGUGCCCUCAUUACAGUUACUGGGAGGCCAGCGGACAGCAAAGACUGUUUCCUGUGGGCGGUAAUUGCCGCCAUACAUCAUGAUCCAGAUCUACACAACGGAUCCGUGCAUUGGUCCCACUUCCAGGCACUCAAACACAUGUAUAAACUUCCAGGAGCAUUUUCAGAUGGGCAGUCGGUCAGCCUGGUCCAAGUUGCAGAGUUUGAGAGACUCAACAAGGUGUCAGUAAACGUCUUUGGCUAUGACGACGCGGUGUUUCCCCUGCAUGUGUCCAGCAUGGAGAACUCAAAGAGCCACGCAAACCUGCUACUGGUAAACGUUGCCAACCAAGACGAUGACAGUGACGCGCCUUUCAAACAUUACUGUGCUAUUACCAAUCUGGGCAGCCUUGUUUACAGACAACAGGCGGGGGGUAACACGCUGCACGUGUGCCCUAGAUGUCUUAACUUCAAGUAUUCUGCUGAAGAUCUUGAAAAACAUCUCCAACACUGCAGUCUAGUGGAGCCACUCACUGUAAAGAUGCCGGAGUUUCAGCGGCGGUUUCAAUGGUACAAGAAACAUCAUCUACAAUUAGAAGCUCCAUUCGUCAUCGUUGCAAAGUUUGAAUGUUUCAGAAGACCAAUCUUGGACAUUAAUGAAGCAACAGAGGGCGUAAAUGUCAGGGAAAGAUUACACGAACCAUGUGCAUUCGCUUACUAUAGACUCAGCGUUGACAACAGCCAUCCUCGACCGCCCGUGUUCUACACAGAUGAGGACCCAAACACCGUUAUGAGCGAGUUUUUGGCCUGUAUGAGGCGUGAACAAGAAGAGGCCCUCUCUAUUAUGAAAGCAACAAAACCAAUGGUGUAUUGUGAAGAGGGUCUGCAGAAUAUAGAGGCAUCAAACGAAAAUUGCCACAUAUGUGAAGACGCUUUCAUUCCAGGCCAACGUGUUGUCAUUGACCACGACCAUGUGAGUGGAAAGAUCAGAGGCAGGGCAUGCGUAGGAUGCAAUCUGAACUUUCAGAUGCCCAGACACAUCGUUGUUGUUCUUGAUGACCUCUCAGCCUACGAUGGUCGAAUUGUUAUGGCCGCAGCAUCUAGUCUCGGUGCCAAAAAUAUCAGAGUCAUUCCUAAAACGAUUGACACAUAUGCUGGAAUUACCGUUGAACAUUGCCGCUUCAUAGAUUUUAAGAGUUUUUUUAAAGAUUCUUUAUGUAGUCUGGUAGAGGGACUUCAAGCAGAGGAAGGUGUUGGUUGCUUAAAUCACACGCGCGACAACUGGCCGCUGGACACACUUCCGGAAAAGUUCGAACGCAUUAGUUUGUGUAGAGACUACAUUCAUGGCCCAGAACAGUUAAGAGAGUCAAACUUGCCACCAGUUGAAGCUUUUACAGACAGGAUCGAGGGAAAGAGUCUAUCACCAGAGAACUACCAGGCCGUCUUAAAUCUGUGGCAGCUUUUGAAAGAAAAGACUUUGAAGGGGCUUUUGCAACACUCCCUGGUUACAGACUGCCUCUUCACUGCUGACAUUAUAAGCAACUUUCGACAGGUGGUAAGAAAGGACCUGAAGCUCGAUCCUUUGCGGUUUUACACGAUGGCCAGCUUCGCCUGGGAGAGUGCCCUUCGCUACUCAGAAACCACUCUUGAACUUCAGACGUCAUUGGACGCUCAUCUGAUGAUAGAAAAUGCAAUCAGAGGUGGUAUAGCGGUGGUAGGCAAUCCAAGAUUUGCGAAAGCAAAUAAUCAAGAUAUGCCUAAUUCGGAGUUCAAUGAAAAAGAGGAAGUAAGUUAUAUCGACUUCUUAGAUUUUAAUGGACUCUACACAUCAACAAUGGCUACAGCACGUCUUCCAACCAGUGGAUUUCGCUUUCUGUCGAGCUACGAGAUAGAGAGAAUUGAUUUUGAGACCGUACCAGAGGACAGCGACCAUGGCUACAUACUCGAGGUGGAUUUAGAGUACCCAGAAGAAUUACACGACAGUCACGAUGACUUUCCACUUGCGCCUGAAAAAAUCACAAUUCUGCCAGAACAUUUGUCUGAAUAUACAACUUCUACUGCCAAAUCUUGUGGGAUCAACCUAGAUAACGUUUGUUUGGAAAAAAGGCUAUGUUUAACACUAAGGAACAAAACAAUGUACACCCUACAUUACAGAACGUUACAAUUCUAUACAAAACAUGGCCUAAGAGUGACAAACAUACAUAGAGUGCUACAAUUCACGCAGAUUAAGUGGCUACAGUCAUUCAUGAAAUACUGCUCUGAAAAACGCAAGAAAGCAAAGUCUAGCUACUACAAGUCCAUGUGGAAAAAUAUAGCUAAUCUUGUUUCAGGAAAAAGCUUUGAAAACCCGCGUAAUUACAAAGACGUCAGAAUAUGUACCAAUGAGAAAAGUUUGACGCGCC